AUGGCAUCCACUUUGAAUAAUGAUGAAAUAACUAUUCAAAUUCCAGAAAUAGAUGACUCAAAACUUUCUCCAUAUUCAGCUAUUAGUACACGUAGAGGUUCUCACAUCUCUUCUUCAAGCGCUCACUCAGAAAAACAAGAAAAAGAUGUACUUGGCCAAAUCAUUUGUUCACCUAAAAUGAAAUAUAUAGCUACUACACAUAAAAUUAAAGAUGAUCUUCUUGAAUUAUUCGAUGCCAAAAAAGUAGAACGUAAAAGUAUCUAUUUUCCUAAUCACCAAAAUGUAGUAAACCAACUCUCUUUCGUUGAAAAUAAUUCCCUUGUAGUGGCUCUUACCGAACCUGCGUGUCGUGUGUAUAUAUUUCAAUCGGAUGAUCAAAAUGAAUGGAAUUGCAUUUCUAGAUUCGAAUUAUCUUAUUUUUGCAAAUCUUUCAUUACAGUUGAAGGAAAAUUGAUUUUAUUUGAUGAUAAAAUAUUUCAAUUAACUAAAUGGGAUGUUAAAACAUUGAAAUUUGAAACAAAUUGCUUGAUAGAUUGGUGUUAUAAAGUUAAGCAUGUGGAAAUAAAUAAAGGUGGUGAAUUUUUGGCUGUUUAUGCUGUUUAUAUGCAGGAUGAAACAUCGAAAAAGUCUAGGAUUUACACUUAUUGUCUUAAAACCGGAAUGAAUUUGGCAUUUCAUGAAUAUGGAGAUAAAACAAUUGUGGACAGAAUUUACUUUAUUGCUUAUAAAGAUGGAGAACGCCUACUAAUUAUAUCACACAAUCAGUUUAGUGAAGAGUCAGAUAGCCAUUUAAUGGAUCCAUUUACUCUUAAAGACCCAGUUUCUGCUAAGAAAUUACUCGAAAAUCUUGAAAAUUUCGAAAAUAACGAAAAUGAUGUGAAGUUUCAAGAACCCUAUUUAAUCAAAUUUGAUAAUAUUAUUGGUAAUGUAGAUGAAAAGUUAAUAAUUCAUGACGGAUUAAUUCGAAAGAAUUGGAUACCUUAUUUACGAAAGGAACUUGGAGAUUAUAAUAGAAUCUUUGUAUCUUCUGACACUGAAUUUAUCUCAAAAAUGAUUCUUGAUCAAUUAUCUGAAGGUAAAAAAAAACCUAAUUUUACUGACUCAUUAGAGAUUAAAAAACAUACUUUCGAAGGUAGCUUUGCGAAAUGGAAUUUGGAUUAUAAGCCUAGUAAAUUCCAUUAUUUAAUAGAAAUCGAAGCUUUACAAUUAGAUCAUGAUGAAUGGAGACCAGUAAUAGGUGAAUCCAAAAGAAUCAUCAACCCUAACUUCCAACCUCCGGAGCACAAAAGAAAAAUAAAAAUUAUUCAAUGUAAAUGUCUUAAUAAUGAUGAUUUACUCAUGUUAACCAACUUUGGAAUUUUAAUUUGGACAAUUUAUCAUCCAAAAGGAAUUAGAUUGCAUUAUUACUGGGGAAGAGCUAGAAUUAGAGAUGAAAAACAGUUUAAUUUAUUACUUGAUUUAGAAACCCAUGAAUUACUAGAAGAUUAUAUCUCUGACAAAUUUUUCAUCAUUAAUUAUGGUUCAACUCUUAUGGAAACUUUUUUAUUUUUAAAAGAAGAUGAAUGGGUUGAGAAAUUUUGUGAUAAAUGUUUUAAUAUAAUUUUCUUAAAUGAGGGUCCUAGAUCAACCUCAGAUAUUCAACUGUUAUCUAUUAUAAUUGAAGUCUUUCCACAAUUAUUACGAAGACAUCCAAUUUAUUUAGCGAGAUUUUUAUCGCAAACUGCAUUUAUAAUGCCAUUGUUUGAUAUUGACUUGAUAUUAGAAAGUGAAAUGGUUAGUUUAUUGCCGACUCCUCAUCUAUAUCAUUUUGGAACCUAUAAUAAUUUAUCAACAAAAACUUCCAUAAUUGAUAUCUUUGUCUCAAAAAUUACUGAUUGUUGGAAUAAAUUAAUUUAUGGGUCCGAUGUUGAAAUAGCUUCUUCCCACCAACCUGCCAGUAACACUAUUACGGAAUCUGAAGCUACAAUCAAACUUAUUAUUCCUCUUCCAAAAUUUGUUAAUUAUCCAAAAAACUAUAACACUUGGGACGAAAUUAAGAAUCCUUCACCUAGUUAUUUCACUGAUUCAAUUGAUUUAGAACUAUACAAAUAUUGGAAUGGUGAAGCUUUGAUAAAUUUUAAAUGGAAUACUUACGGAUUAAAAUAUUAUUUAGUUUCUUGGUCAUUAUAUACACUGUUUCUUUGUUGUUAUACUAGUGUUGCUACAUUGAGUGAUAUUAUGACAACAGGAGAACAAAAUUUUUUGUUGUAUAUGGCAAUUUUCUUGGGAAUUAUACAUUUGCUUCACGAAUUUAGACAAUUUAUUCAUUCUCCAAACGAAUAUAUCAAAAGUCCUUGGAAUUAUUUUGGGGCAAUAACUUUCACAAUAUUAACAUCAUGCAGCUGGAUAAAAAAUGGCACUGUCGCCGUCUGGGCAACAACUAUCACUACUUUAUUACUUGAACUAAAAUUUCUUUUCUACCUUCGUGCUUUCAGAUUUGUUGGUAUCCAUUUCGCAAUGAUAUUUGGUGUCGCCAAACGAGGAUUUUCAUUUUUGACAAUUAUUGCUUUUGUUGUGUUCGCUUUUGCUCAUUCUUUACACUUAUUAUUGAGACCAAGUGUCCCAUACUCAUUAACUGAGCCAAGUUAUUCAACCGAUCCAAAUGAUCCAUGGAAUUUAGCAACAACAUAUAACUCAGUUGGAGAAGAUGGUGUUAUUUCUGAUCAAGCAUCACUUAUUGAGCCGCCAACUGGAAAUACAAAUAAUAAUGAAUCUUACUUAAUUCAAAAGGCUGAGAUUUUGGCCGAAAUUGAAUUAUUUUAUAUGCUGCCUUAUCAAAGAAGGAAAAAGGAUUGGUUUCCAGAAGUAAUAAUUUAUAUAGCUCAUGUAAGCGAACUUCGAGACCUAAUUCGCGAAAUUCAAAUUGGAAAUUGGCAAGGAUUUGAAAAUCCGUUUUUUUCACCAAUUCUAUUAAAAGCUAUACAAGCUGAAGAAACUGAAAAUAAUCAAAAAGAAGGAAGUAUUAAAAAGUUAGAGGAGAAGUUUGAAGAGCUUAUAAAAAAGUUUGAAGAAUUUA